CCGAACCUUGCUGCGCAGAGAACCAGGCAGCCCAGAGAGCCGGGCGUGGAUAUUGAACCUGCGGGAGAAAGGGGUUCAUCAUGGCGGAUGACCUAAAGCGAUUCCUGUAUAAAAAGUUACCAAGUGUUGAAGGGCUUCAUGCUAUUGUUGUGUCAGACAGAGACGGGGUGCCUGUUAUUAAAGUGGCCAAUGAUAAUGCUCCAGAGCAUGCUUUGAGACCUGGUUUCUUAUCUACUUUUGCCCUUGCAACAGACCAAGGGAGCAAACUUGGACUUUCAAAAAAUAAAAGUAUCAUCUGUUACUACAAUACCUACCAGGUGGUUCAGUUUAAUCGUUUACCUUUGGUGGUGAGUUUCAUAGCCAGCAGCAAUGCCAAUACAGGACUAAUUGUCAGCUUAGAAAAGGAACUUGCUCCAUUAUUUGAAGAAUUGAGACAAGUUGUAGAAGUUUCUUAACCUGACAGUGGUUUUGAUGUCUACCUUAUCUUCAUUAUAAUAGACAAGAUAUCAAUCUAGCAAUCUUGAGACCACAACGUACUUGUAUCCAUGUACCCAAAAAAGGGUCCCUUUUUUACCUUGUACUAAAAAUUUAUGGACAGAUUGUUAUCUUUUCUUGUAUAGGUCUUAUUUACUGAGAUCUGGGGAUACCACAGAAAUGGUUCUGUCUAUCACAGCUCCCAUGGAGUUAGUCCAGUCCCCAAAUCUGCAUGAGAUUCUAUUGGGUGGGUCGGAAUCAAAAUGUUCCUUUGAUCCACUUGAGCCAUGAAGUGCUUCCCCUUGUACAUUCUGCCAGGCCUGCAGAUAGGAGCAGAUCUAUUUUAUUGUGAAUAAUAAUGAGGACAUAUUUUUUUCAUAUUGUUUUAUUUCUUUGCAUUAAGUGUGGGGACAUAAAAUGGCUUAGUAAAAGUAAUAAAAUCAGUACAAUCACUAA